AUGCUCACUCGAUGGCCUAGCAAGAAACUCGCCCCGGAGGCAAGAAAACGGCUUUUCGGUAAAUUCACACAACCACGCAAGGGAAGAAAGGCCAAGGUAGAUCCAGUCGCCAAGGAGGAGGACGCCAAACAAUCCAAGAAAGCUCGCACCAAGAAGGAGAGCGCAGAGAAAACACAGUCUAAAAGGCUAACCGAUCCGUCUUACAUUUAUGUCGGAAACCUUCGGUCUGGCAUCACCCAAGAACGUCUUCAAUUCGCCUUUACCAAGUUUGGCCCCAUCAAACAAACUUUGAUUCGGGUUAGUAUGGGAUGUGCAGUCACGAAUGUUCCAGCCCAAGUGCGAGGGCCUCGCGAUCGUCGGUACGCGACCAUAGACUUCUUCAGCCCGAUUGCGGCGAGAAAGGCCCUCGUCAUGAAUGGAACAAUCCUAGACGGAUGCCAGCUGGUGGUCACUCUGUCAGCUGCUGACCUUCCAGAAGUACGAGACAUGGUGAACCAACGACUGUCAACAAUGCGUGCACAUUUGACGCCCGAAACUGCGCAAGGUGGCAAAUCGACGCCUUUGACCCUGCAACCCACGGAGCGAUUUCACGACUUUGGCGAAGCCCAGAGCGAUCGCCACAAUAUUUUUGGCCUCUCCUUUACUAAAUGCGUGGCAUGA